AUGGUGCUGGUGCAGUCAUCCUCUUCAUCUCUCCGAGAGAGGCUCCUCUCCUACGGUGACUCCAAAGUCAUCAUCCAACAAGUCAACAAGGAUUGGGACUGCACUCAGGAAAAGAUGGAAGCCUACUGCAAGGAGAUACAUAAGCUCGAGGCCCACUUCUAUGGCCUAGAAUUCCACCACUUCCUAUGGGACUACAACGUGGUAGCUGAUGUACUCUCCAAGCGGGCACUCAUCCCGGUUGGAGUCUUCGUGCAAGCCCUCAACUCCCCCACUAUCAAGAUCAAAGAGGAACGUACCACUAUGCCUGACCUAGCGCCAGCCCUAUGUCAGGAAGUACUGGUCGCCGACCCAGAUUGGCGAGCCCCGAUACUCGAUUUCAACAUCAACAACAAGUCCUAUCCAAAGGACAAGGAGCACAAGCGACUUGCCCGCCGAGCUGCAAACUACGUCGUCAUCAGAACCGAGUUGUUCAGGCACCCGGCCUCCUCUGGAACCCUUUCCAAGUGCAUGUCCUAG